AUGGCUGUCAAACGUAAAUAUGAAAAAGUCAAGAAUGAGGGGAAAGUCGCUAGAAAGGUGAAACCAAGCUUACUUAAACUGAAAAAAAACAUGGAUAUAGAAUCUGCCGUGGCCCAAUAUUCGAUAUGCAUACCGACAAGCGCCAUUGACAAUUGCUUUAAUCUGGAACAGACAACGUUUACUGCCUACCAAAUUGCGAAGACAGCUGUUCUGUUCAAUAUUCAAGAAAUUAUAGUUCUGGACCUGUCAAAGGAUAGAAGGCAUGGAAAGAGGCCAAGAUCGAAGGAAACCAUUUCUGAUUGUUUGUUACUCGCCACACUACUGCAAUAUUUCGUUACACCUUCGAACUUACUGGAUAUCACGUUUAAAAGGAAAAACAUGCUUUAUUUGAAACAUGCAUUUGCCUUCCCAAAAUUGCACCAGUUGGCCUUCAUGAAUGAAUCAGCCGAACAUAUCUACAGGGAGGGCCUAUCCAUUGCACAAGAUAACGCAGAGAAAGAGAUCGAAAGGGACCAGACGAAUUUGGUGUACAUAGGAAAGGGCGAGAUCAUUGAGUUAUCGAAUCAGAAUAUCCCCAGGACUGUGCGCGUAACGGUUGACCUGCAGCGCAAGGAAGUUGUAUCGCCCAGAGAUGUCUACAAAAACCAAACAUUGGGUUAUCACGUUCGGGUGGCAAGUACGUUGGACGAAGUGUCCGAAGGUUAUGCAAGAACUCUUUGGGUCAACAGUGGUGAUUACCACUACGACGAAGAACUGUCAAAGUACCGGAAGGUAGAGACAAAGCUACCAUACAUCAUGAAGAUAAAAAAAGGCUCUGUGUCAGAAACACCGUGCAACAUCCUGCUUAUCUUCGGCAAAUGGGACCAUUUAAAGCGUUGUUUCAAGAGAUCCGACUUAGAAUGUUCUGCUUUGCAUCGCUACUUUUCUGGACAACUGCACUUCCCUGGUACAGUACCCCAGGGGAAGCUAGCCAUCCAAGACGGUUUACAAAUAGCCCUCACCAUGCUCCAGCAUUGGACCACUUGA